AUGGACUCGACUGAUGGACUACUAGACUGCUGCCAAAGAUUAUGUGUUGUCGACGACGCGGGACCUUCGCAGCGAAAGGCUUCUCUCACUGGACGAAUACCUUACAAAAUCGUCGUGAAAACUGGAAACACGAAGAAAGCCGGCACAGAUGCGGAUAUAAAAAUUCAGCUCAUCGGAGAGACGGGCCAAACAACUCCAACAACAAUCGAUAAGUCUCUUAGAAAUGACUUUCAAAAGGGCGAGUUAGACGAGUUCGAUGUCGAAAUGGAGGAUAUUGGGAAGCCACUUCUUUGCAAAAUUUUGAUUGAUGAUAAAGGUAUUUCUCCCGACUGGUAUGUCGACUUUGUUACCGUUAUCGCAAAGUCGGACGAAUUUUGCUUCCCCUUCUACGAGUGGGUUAAAAACGGAUCGACGAGAGCCGAGAGCACACCUUUUCUGCCCCAAAAUGAAAGUACUUUUGUCAAGCAAAACUUUCGCGAAGACUAUCUCGCAGAACAGCAACGAAUCAAUGAAUGGGAAAAAAUAGAAAACAUCGAAUACUCGCUGACUGGUCAUUUAACAGCAGAUAAAUUCGAGGAUCUUGACAGGAACACCCAGUGGUCAGCUGAGCGCGACGACUUUUUCAGAAGCUGGAAGGGCGCCAUUACUUCCAGUAUUCUUCUGACUAAAUUCACCGGGGUUUUUCGAAACUUCGACUCAUUGGACGAUGUGAACAAGCUCUUGCUUAUGCCUUGGAUGAAAGAGCGAGCGUUGGAUUGCUCAACUUGCUGGAAUGAAUGGCAAACUGACGCUGAAUUUGCCCGUCAGCAAAUUAACGGAUGCAGCCCGAGAGGGGUGGAGAAAGUCUUUGAAAGUCUUCCAGACUACUACAACAUCCCCACUGCGGAUUUGGAGAAAUGCUUGCCAGAGGGUGUCACUUUUGAAAGUGCUGUAGCUGAUGGACGUAUUUACAUGGUCGACAACUCGAUUCUCGAAGGCAUUCCGUGCAUGCAGGGAAGAUACACGUCGUCGCCCCUGCUUGUUCUUUACUGCAACAGUGAAGGGUAUCUUGAGCCCCUCGCCAUUCAGCUAUUCUCAAACAAGGCGGAAGACAACCCUGUCUUUACACCAAAGGAUCCGCCAAAUGCCUGGAUGUUGGCGAAAAUAUUCUUCAAUAGUGCCAAUGGACAGUUCCAGCAACUGAACAUGCAUCUACUCGGCUGCCAUUUUACAGCGGAACCAUUUGCCAUUGCUCUCCGACGUUGUGUUUCGCGAAAUCAUCCUCUUUUUUGCUUGAUGUUUCCUCAUUUGCUGCAUGUCGUCAACAGCAAUGUCUACGGAAGGAACGGUUUACUCGCUUCUGGUGCCUUGAGCGAUAUGGGCUUUUCACUUGGUGGUGGAGGCCAUGUUCAACUAAUGCAAAGAGGGCUUAAAAAAUGGACAAUCGACGAUUUCGAUGUUCCGAAGAAUCUCGAAAAGCGAGGUCUUCUCGACGACAAGAUAAAAGAAUUCGGCUACCGUGACGAUUCGCUUCUCUACUGGGCUGCGAUUAAAAAAUAUGUCCGUGGCAUAAUAGAGCUGUAUUACAAAAGCGACGAUGAUUUGGCCCAAGACAGCGAGCUACAAAACUGGAUCAAAGAAGCAAAUAACUAUGGCUUUUCAAAUGCGGAUGAUGUCAAACUCAACGAGAUUGACACAAGAGAUAACCUGAUUCAUCUUCUAACUGGAAUCAUUUUCUCCUCCAGCGUGCAGCAUGCCGCAGACGGCUAUCCAAUGUUCGACAUCUAUGGAAACACAGCCCAUCAUCCCUUUUUGCUCCGACAGCCUGCACCAGCCGAUAAAUCAGCAACUAUGGAGGACAUCAUGAAUACACUUCCCGAUCAAGACGGAAUGGUCCUUCAGAUGGGCGUCACUAUCUCAUUAAGUACACCGCCACCUACUGAGGUCUAUCUCGGUGAAUUUCCAAUGAAACUGCUCAAAGAAGAAAACGCUCAGCAAAUUCAAGAGCAAUUCACAAAGGAAAUUCAAGAAAUCGGAGUAAAAAUUGACGAGAGAAACAAAUCGUGGAGAGUUCCGUACAAAUAUCUUCAUCCAGAAAAGGUUCCUGCUCGAAUUGAUUUUUAG